AAGUAACUAUUGCUGACGCAAUUCAGAUGUCUCCUUUUUUUGUCGUUGUGAUGAGCCAUUAUUUCAAAGACCAACGUUAUCCUGAAGCGGAAGCAGAAGCAGCACUCGCAUUUGAUGAAGCGAACAUAAAGAUUUUACCAGUUUUCUAUGGCAUGACAGCUGAUGAGUGUUGUGAUUCUAAAAACAGGAUAUGUAAUCAAAUGUCUUCUUAUACGGGUAUUGAGAAAAAAACGAGAACAGACGAAAAUUUCGCUAUAGAAGUUGCCAUGUUUGUUGAACGCAAAGUUCAGGAACAAUGGCAUGAUGGGAAGCUAAAAGUCUGUAGACUUUGUGAUUUUCAUGGUAACUACGAGACUGAGCUUGGUCCUUUGGAAGAAUUGAAAACCAAACAUCAUGAACGCAAGCAAAAGCAUACUUGGGGUAAAGAAUUGAAAACCAAACAUCAUGAACGCAAGCAAAAGCAUACUUGCGGUAAAGAAUUGAAAACCAAACAUCAUGAACGCAAGCAAAAGCAUACUUGGGGUAAAGAAUUGAAAACCAAACAUCAUGAACGCAAGCAAAAGCAUACUUGGGGAGAUUUAUUUUUGGUGACAGUCUACGGGAUAGUUGCGCUUUUGUCACUAUUGUUGUUGCUUGCUUUUGUUUGUUACGUGUGGGGCCAAAGUUUCGUAAGGAUUAAUCAAACAGAAAACAUUGUCAAAGUUGCUACCUUUCCUUUGGAAUAUGAAAAAAUUCAUUUUCCUAUCUUCGUUGGCCGAGAAAUUGAGCUCGAGAAUAUAACGAAUGCUUUCUGGACAAAUGACAAGAGAGUUGAUCUUCAACAGAUGGAAGUUACCGAGAGAAAAGUACAUUUUAUUAAUGGAAUGGGUGGGUGCGGUAAGACAGCUGUGGCAGCUGCAUAUGCACGAGACUGUCGACAUUUAUACGGCGGGGGAGUGUUUGUGUUCAAUGCUCAGUCCGAGUCGUCGUUUCAACACUCUCUAAAGAAUCACCUGCUUGUUCUUGCCAAACAUACUCAAUCAGAUGUGGACAUCUCUCCAAGCUUUACACAAUUUAUGUUACUUCUUGCUAAACGUGGCAACGUUUUGUUAGUCUACGACAGUGCCGACAACUUGGACGUCAUAAACGAUUAUAUCCCCAAUUUGGAAACAAAAUGUCAUAUUCUCAUAACUACUAGAAUGUCAAAGCACGACCUAUUACAACCCGGCAAUUUUAUUUUACUCAAGCCCUUGAACCAAAGUCUGGCUUUAACAGUAUUACUCUAUUUCGCUGGUUACGGAGACUCUAGUAAACUACCAGAGAGGGAAUUAGAAAGUGCUUGGCGAAUAGCUAAAGACCCACCCGUCGAAUCUCUUCCUUUAGCGCUUAGGCAUGUAGGGAGGUAUUUGGAGAAAACGGGGAUGAAUUUUUCUACUUACUUACAUCGUCUGCAGAUUCAUUUGGAGACAAUGAAAAUGAUGAAUUCCAACUUGGAAGAAUUGCUCCGGUACUUCCGGAUGAUGCACGUGAAGGAAAUUUUGAAAGCUGAAAAUAUCUACAGCGUGGGAGCCUUUAACAGAACAAAUCUUCGAUUGUUGGCUAAUAAAACUGACUCUAAUGAUAUGAAGAUGCUAACGUUGAUGCAGCAACGUCUGCUUUCCGACUCCCACGCCUCUAUUCCUUGGGAGAUGAACAUUGAAGACGUGUUAUUGUCUGGUGACUCUGAUGCUAUGAACGUGUUGAUAACGGUAUCUCUUCUUCAUUCUACUAACAUUCCUGUAGACCUGCUGAGAGAGGUUACCAUUCCAAUGUCAAAUGAUGAAAUUGGACGCAGCAAUCGCAUCACUGCUGCCGUCGGUCACUUGUCCGAAUAUUCUCUUGUUGAGGUAAACAAGGAAUCGAGCACUUGUUCGAUGCACAAUCUUGUUCAACAGGCUGUCGUAGAAUACGCGAUGAGAAACAAAACGUACGUUUCACGGUUGCAGUCUUUGUGCACUCACUUUGCCAUCAUUUUCCCGCGUACUGUGAAAGAAGUCCGAAGUCGAUUGCGCGAGUUUCACAGUUUAUCUCUUCACGUUUACAGUGUGGCAGAAGCUAUUCUAGAAAGCGAUCUCGUGUUGGAUGAGAGUUGUGGGCAAUUAGUUAGGAUCGCUUGUUGGUUGGCUAUGUAUUAUGAACAUCAACAAACGGCAGGAUUCUUGACGGAAGGAAGACUGCAAGUUGUGGAAACCAAAUCAAGUAAUGAAACUCAGUCUCAAGACUCUCGACUUUUGAAUGAAUGUCUUAUAGACUUGGGUUACGUUUACCGAAUAGCUAAACCGGAGAUAGCGCUUACGUAUUUGACGAGGUCUCUGGAGUCUAUGGAAAACAGUAUAGAGAAAGAUUCGUUCAGUGGUCUAAUAAGAGAGGCUCGACAUUGGGUAGCAAGCUGUCGACGCAAGUUGGCUCAGUUUUCUCUUGCUGAAAAGGUACUUCUUCUUCAACUCAAAUUUGAUGAAAGGCGGGGAGACAAAAGAAACAUGUCGCGAGUUCUCAAUGAUUUGGGCUUGAUAUAUAAAAAUUGGGGGAAAACUGUCAAAGCAAUCGAAAUGUAUGAAAAAUCGUUGAAUCUGAAAAAAGAGCUGAAUGAGAGUCUUUGGAUGGAUUAUUCUAUAACGCUUAUAAAUCUUGCCAACUGCUAUUUGUCAUUCAGACGAUUAGUAGAAGCUCGGGAUUUGUACGAAGAGGCUAUGAAGAUUAGGCAAAGCAUAUUACCGUCACAACAUCCGCGGUUGGCAUUAGUAAUGAGACGACUAGCAUACUGCUAUUGCAUGCAAGGCGAUGUGUUAAAUGGCACAAAGUUGGCUCAACUCGCUCUAGACAAGAUUACCAUAUUUCUUCCGCGCAGCCAUCAUCGCGUUGGAUGGUAUUUUGUCACAAUCGCCUAUUGCUGCCUCGUUUCAAACGACAGCACUUGUUCUAUCGAGUUUUAUGAGAAAGCUGUGGAAUUGUUUGAAGAAACCACCAAAUUUGAGACAUCCUUACUAGUUGCUGCUAGGAGAGGGCUCGCUCGUGCUCUCAGUAACGAUGAAAAGAAAGACGAGGCUAUGGAAAUAUUGAGAGAAUCUCUAACUCUCGCGAAGAAGGAAUUACCAGAGGGUCAUCCAGAUAUUAUUUACACUGCAGUCGACCUCGCCACUUUUUUGGCCAUGACGCGAGACUACGAAAACGCCACCCAUCUUCUCACGGAGUCUUUGCUCGUACUGCGUGACAACGAGCCAACUAGCGAAUACACUGCUGAAGCUUUACAUUGGCUGGCGUACAGUCAGUAUAAAUUGAAACGAUCGGAAGAAGCAGCAGUGAGUGUCACUGAAUGCUUGCGACUGCGCAGAAAGCUUUUUCCUCGUGGACACGUAAGGAUCACUGAAACUAUAACGUUGUUAGAUGAAAUUUUUAAGGUCAAGCAAGGUGUGGGGUGUUUUUCAUUUUUGGACAUUUUUAUUUUGUACUGUGCGUGUUUCACGAUAGUUCACGUGAUGAAGAGAUUGAUCUUUUAGUGUUUGUUAGUCGUUACGUAGAUCUACCCUAUAUGGUUAACGUUCUCUUCUCUUUGGUAUUGAAAUUUGGUAUUGAAAUUUGGUAUUGAUAUUUGGUAUUGAUAUUUGGUAUUGAUAUUUGGUAUUGAUAUUUGGUAU